GCGCGCUGAGGUGGGCGGGUUUUCCUCGGCAAGAUGGCGGCCAGCGGCUUGCGGCAGGCUGCCGCCGCAGCCAGCACCUCGGUGAAGCCCAUUUUCAGUCGCGACCUGAACGAGGCCAAGCGGAGGGUGCGCGAGCUCUACCGCGCUUGGUACCGGGAGGUGCCGAACACUGUGCACUUAUUUCAGCUGGACAUCACCGUGAAACAGGGACGGGAUAAAGUCCGAGAAAUGUUCAUGAAGAAUGCUCAUGUCACAGACCCCAGAGUUGUUGAUCUCCUGGUCAUUAAGGGGAAGAUGGAGCUCCAGGAAACUAUCCACGUGUGGAAGCAGCGGACACACAUCAUGCGGUUCUUCCAUGAAACAGAACCGCAGAGGCCAAAGGACUUCCUGUCCAAGUUCUAUGUUGGCCAUGACCCAUGAGGUCACCCGAUGGGAAGGUGCAUAUUAAUAUUUAUUUUAGAGUACAAAUAAACUCAUUAUUUGAUGAUUGCUUUGUGAUAAA